UGGAGUGCAAAUGAGGGAGAGGAGGUUUGGAACAGUUGUUCGGUAAAAUAAAAGACGUAUGUUAAGUUGAUCUUUUAGAAGUAAAAGCAGAAACCUCUAUUGAGUACCAGAACGUAUUUAAUUGAUGAAUUGCAGCUCCGUAAAUAUUCCGCUGACUGUAUAAAGUGUUAAAGCAGUCAACAGCCGAACAGAAAAGGCCCGGCCACUGUGAGCAGCUCGAUCAACAAGACAGCCAUCCUUUCAUUGAGUGUUAGGAGGAGAAAUGGCAUUGGAUUUCGUUGCAGGAUGCCUGGGAGGUGUUGCAGGUGUUCUUGUUGGGCAUCCCUUUGAUACAGUCAAGGUUCGACUCCAAGUACAAAAUUCUAACCAGCCACGUUACCGUGGGACUGUACAUUGUUUCCGGUCCAUCAUCCGACAGGAAUCUAUCUUCGGUCUGUACAAAGGUAUUGGUUCACCAAUGAUGGGUUUGACUUUCAUCAAUGCUAUUGUUUUUGGUGUCCAAGGAAAUACAAUGCGUUACUUAGGAAAGGAUACACCACUUAACCAGUUCCUUGCAGGUGCUGCAGCUGGGGGUAUCCAGUGUGUUAUUUGUUGCCCCAUGGAACUGGCAAAAACCAGGAUGCAGCUUCAAGGCAUGGGUGAAUACCAAGUUAAAAGUAAAGUCUACAAGAAUUCACUUGACUGCUUAAUUAGAAUUUACAAAAAGCAAGGAAUCUGUGGAAUCAACAAAGGCAUGGUGACCACUAUUUUCAGAGAAAUACCUGCUUUUGGUUUCUACUUCCUUACGUAUGAUUGUCUGACCAGAGCCUUACACUGUGAGCCCGGUGACAGUUACAUAAUUCCUAAACUGCUGUUUGCUGGUGGUAUGUCUGGGAUUGCAUCUUGGAUUUCUACCUAUCCCAUUGAUGUGAUUAAAUCCCGAAUGCAAGCUGAUGGAGUUGGAGGAAUAAACCAGUACAGUGGCAUAAUGGACUGUAUCCGUCAGAGUUACCAGAAGGAAGGAUGGCAAGUAUUCGCAAAGGGACUCACUUCUACUCUACUCAGAGCAUUUCCUGUCAAUGCUGCUACUUUUGCUACUGUCACACUCUUCCUUAUGUACACAAGGGCUGAUGAUGAUGAUUGCAAGGAGCUGGAGACUGCCUCUGCAAUCCAGCAGCAUUCGAGCCUCUAAAAUAUCUUCCUCAUGUUACCUGUGCAGAGCAGCUGCUGUGAUAACUCAGUUUUACUCAAUCCUAUUUUUGUAAGUGCAGUAAAGUUAUGAAAAUGUUUCAGGGUGUAAAUAAGCUCCAUGUAAGAAUUAAUUCUUUAUAAAAUAUAGUCAUGGGCCUAACUUUUAACAGAAUUCCAUCAGUUUUGUGAGACUACAGCUUCAUGCCUUAUAUUAAAUGAAUGUAUAUAUUGUUUUUUAGCUUAUAAAAACAGUAAGAAAAAUAUUACUUUUGCCCAUUGUAGUAGGCAUGUACUGUACAGAAACUAAUUAACAGGGCUGGCUUUAGAAUCCGAGUUAGUACAGAGGGUCCAAGUUUGGAAAAAUGAAGAUUUCUAAAGAAAUUGCAGUAGAUUUUCACUUUUUCUCAAGAGUUGUGGAUGGGCAAUAGGGGACUGGCCACCCAUUUUACACCUAACCUGUGUUCUCAUUUCUAUGAAAGUGAAUGGCAAAUCAGGUAACACUAGCAGUCAACCCACCUGGAAGUAAAAGUAAAAUUUUACCUCCUUUUAAUAUUAAGAAGAAGCAUGCAGCUAAAUCAAGUUGUACUCUGUUUUGACUAUGUUUUCAGCACAGUGGGGUAAGUUUAUUGGUGAUUAAUGAUCAGAAUUGAAACAAGCCCUUAUGCAAAGAACUAAAUAGGAGUUAGGCUUUCUCAGAAAACAAUACUUGAGCUGACAUAUUAAGUAUUAGUGUUUCAUCCGUGCUAAAUAACAAUAAUGGUCACCUCUGUACUCAAAUGGCCAGGAACCUUGAAUAUUUUACCACUUAUGUGGCGCAUUUAUAUGUUACUAUUGUUGUUUAAAGUCAGCAUCUUGCAGAUGUCUGCCCCUUCCUUUGCAAAGACUUGAUGUAACCUGAAUAAUUCACACUUUUUAGCCAGUUCUAUGCUGCAAACCAAUCGGUAACAUUUUAUUAUUAUUUUUAGUCUUUUUCACAACUCCAUUAAUUUUCUAACUGUACUGAUUGGUUUCAUAGCCCUUAUUCCCUCAUCACAAAGUUCGGUAUUACAGUUUAUACAAAUAGUUCUACUUGGAAGCAAUCACACCACAAUUGAAUUUUCAGGAAUUUGUACACCUCUGUCAUUUAAUAUUGUGACACCUUGUUCAUUUAAUUAUGAUUUAUGUGCAGUACACCUAUGGAGUUUUGUUUGUUGUGUAAUGCGUUGAUGAGGAAUUGUUACUGUGAAUAAACCAAUGUGGCAGCUCACCAGUCCUACGGGUUGCUGAGUUAGUCCGUUCACAGAUGGAUAGAAAAUUACUAUAUCAGGGUCCAUAUAUAUUUAGCUUCCCUAACACUGAAGUAGGUUCUUCAGUGUUGCACUGUUUUGAGUGCAGAAUAUGCUGUCAUGCUCCUGAUAUACAUGUUGCUUCUCACCUCUCCAGAGGUUGCAGUAUUGGAAAGCCUCAUAGUGGAAGCCACAUAGUGUUGACAUCUUGGGGACAGUUCAGCCACAUACAUAAUGACUGAUAGAGCUAGUAUGAAUUGGUAUCAUUGUGUCUCGAAACUGAUUGGAUGUUCAGAUUCACUAUCUAAUGAUAUGUGGAAUUAGAAGUCACUCAUUGCUUCAGUUGGUCCUUGUGUCAGUAGGUUUCUCGCAUCUGGGUGGAAUUUAAAAAUAAGUCCAAGCAAGUUAUUUCAAAUAAAGGUGUAUAGUGUAUAGCUGUUUUAUGCUUUACUGUUAAGGUAAAAUUUUAAAGCAUUACCAGUUUCAUCUACCAAAGGAUAGAAAUUUGUUUUUUGUUUGAAGGUCCAGCACUCCUUUUAAUAGAUUACGAUUCUGCAUGAACUCCCACCUGCCCAUCAUUAUGCGAUUUCUGGAAAACGUACACUACCUUGUUUAAUCAAGGUACCUAUGUGGCAUUAAAUGACUAAUGACGGGUAGGGAUUACAGAAAUCCAAACUUCACUGUAAAUUGGGACAGGUGCAAUAGAUAUUGGUCUGAGAUGCUGAUCAACAAUGAUUCUCAAUUUUGCACCAUUUCCAGGAUGUUUUUUAAUGGGCACAGAACACUUUAUUUCACAAUGUGAGAAAAGAGAAAGCAUUUGUUUGUUCCUAGCACUAUGAUCAACUUUCUCACUAUCAAGCAAAUUGCAAUUUCAAAGUGAGUGAGUGUUUGAAUCUGGAAACCUUGAAUGUCUAUAUAUUAUCUGAACAAUUUCCAUAUCUGAAUUGAAAAUGCAUGCUUGAUUAACAGGACAGUACAGCUUUGACUUUUUGGUCAAUCAGUUUGUACUGUGUAUUGCUUGUUUCAAUGUGUUUCACAUCAUGUACCUUACUAUGUAAAGUACCAUAGGCAGAUUGUAAGGAGAAAAAGGGAAAAUAAAAUCCAUAUUCAGAUCAA